CGCUCAGAAUCUCCUUCAAUCUAGUAUAUAAUCAUUCCAACGAUUUUUCAUCUAUUCUCACUUCAUCGCAAUUCAAAAUCUUCCAUUUCCCACUUUCACACCAAAUUCACAGCAACAAAUCUAGGGUUCGAAAAUGGACGCAAGCACAAAGGCAACGAAGAAAGGAGCAGGAGGAAGAAAAGGCGGAGGACCAAGGAAGAAGUCGGUAACAAGAUCAAUCAGAGCCGGACUUCAAUUCCCAGUGGGAAGAAUCGGCCGUUACUUGAAGAAAGGUCGAUAUGCUCAACGUGUCGGCACCGGUGCUCCUGUUUACUUAGCCGCUGUUCUUGAAUAUCUUGCUGCUGAAGUUCUUGAAUUGGCUGGUAAUGCUGCUCGUGAUAACAAGAAGAAUAGGAUUAUUCCAAGGCAUGUGUUGUUGGCUGUGAGGAAUGAUGAAGAGCUUGGGAAAUUGCUUGCUGGUGUUACCAUUGCUCAUGGUGGUGUUCUUCCUAAUAUUAACCCUGUUCUUUUACCUAAGAAAAGUGAAAAACCUGUUAAGGAGCCUAAAUCUCCUUCUAAGGCUAAAAAGUCUCCUAAGAAGGCUUAGAUUAGGUUUCUGUGAUCUAGGGAAUCAGAUUUAAUGAUUUGAAUGAAUGUGAUAAUUGAUGACUAAACGAUUUGAUUUUAAAACCGAAUGAUCCUUUUAACCACGGUAGACGGUUCAAAGAGAGCAGUUGACAACGUCUGCUCCAAUUUUGGUUUAGUUGAUUGAAUUGUUUUUGGCUUAAGCAACAAUAUCUUUAUUGUUAGACGUGUAAUUCAACUAUGUUGAAUCAAAUCAAUUUAAGUA